GGGAGCGAACUGAUUCAUCCGAUAGGUUUGAGCUGAGUUUAUUAUUAUCUGUAGUACAUACCAUUGUUCUUAAGCGACGCAGUUCGUGGUCUUGGUUUAGGGCUUUCCCAAUUUGUUCUGGAAAAGGCGUCUGGAAAGGUCCAUUAACGUCAAAUAUAUCCUACACGUGAAGAUUCUGGAAUUUCAUCGCUGUGUGCAGCACCUACCAACACUUUCAUAAGCUUCACAACUUGUUUCUUUGCGUUUUUCUGAAACUACAAGCUCCCCAUCAAGGUUGUUACAGUAGUUUUCAUGAUACAGCGAAUGAGUUCCUCUUCUUCCAAUCAUGGCUGGGCUUUUGAUGUCUUCCUCAGUUUUAGAGGCAAUGACACUCGAAGUGGCUUCACUGGCAACCUUUAUAAAUCUCUUUGUGACAGGGGAAUCAAAACCUUCCUAGAUGAUGAGGAGGUUACAAGGGGGGAAGAGAUUAGGCCAGCUCUUUUUAAGGCAAUUGAGCAAUCUAGAAUUGCCAUUGUUGUUUUCUCUAAAAACUAUGCUUCCUCAACUUAUUGUCUUGAAGAACUUGUCAUAAUCCUUGAGUGCAUAAUGAAAAAGGGUCGAUUGGUUUGGCCAAUUUUUUACGGAGUGAGUCCAUCUUAUGUGAGGCAUCAAAAAGGUUCUUAUGGAAAAGCAUUCGCUAAGCUUGAAGAAAGAUUCAAGAAUGACAAGGAGAGGGUGCAAAAGUGGAAGCUAGCCCUCCAAGAAGCGGCUAAUUUAUCUGGUUGGGAUUUCAAAACCAAACAUGGGUAUGAAUAUAAAUUUAUUCAGACGAUUGUUGAAGGGGUGUCCAAAAAGAUAAAAUGUAGCCCUUUACAUGUAGCUAAUUAUCCAGUUGGAUUGGACUCUAGAGUACAAGAGGUAAACUCACUUUUGAAUGUUGGAUCCAAUCAAGGAGUAAGCAUUGUAGGGAUUUAUGGAGUUGGGGGAAUAGGUAAAACCACAAUCGCAUGUGCAGUGUAUAAUUUCAUUGCUGAUCAUUUUGAAGGUCAGUGUUUUCUUGCUGACAUUAGAGAAAAUUCAAUGAAGUAUGGCUUGGUACAUCUUCAGGAGACAAUACUUUCUGAAAUAGUUGGGGAGAAGAGUAUCAAGUUGGGGAGCAUUAAUAGGGGAAUGGCAGUGUUGAAAAGCAAGCUUCAACGAAAGAAAGUUCUUUUGAUCCUUGAUGACGUUGAUAAAUUGGAGCAUUUAAAUGCGCUUGCUGGAGAUCUUUCUUGGUUUGGUUACGGCAGCAAAAUCAUUAUCACAACAAGGAAUAAGCAUUUGCUACACAUACAUGGUGUUGAAAGAACAUACGAGGCAGAAGGAUUAGAUUACAAAGAAGCCCUUGAGUUGUUUAGUUGGCAUGCUUUUAAAAACAAUGAGGUAGGUUCAAGUUACACGGAUAUCUCAAAGCGUGCAAUACUUUAUUCCAAUGGCCUUCCUUUGGCUUUGGAAAUUUUAGGUUCUAACUUAUAUGGUAAAACAUUGUCUGAAUGGAAAGCAGCAUUAGAUACCUAUGAAAGAAUUCCAGAUGAAGAUAUUCAGAAAAAACUAGAAAUAAGCUAUGAUGGUUUGAAAAGAAAUGAGAAGGAAGUUUUCCUUGACAUGGCUUGUUUCUUUAGAGGUUACAAUUUAAAAGAUGCCAUAAGUCUAUUGCUCCAGGGUCGUGGUUUCUCACCAGAAUAUGUUAUUCGAGUGUUGAUUGAUAAAUCUCUCAUAAAGAUCGAUCAGUAUGGUUUUGUAAGAAUGCAUAACUUGGUAGUGGACAUGGGUCGAGAAAUUGUUCGGCAGGAAUCACGGUCAGAACCUGGCAAACGAAGUAGAUUAUGGUUUUAUGAGGAUAUUGUUGAAGUUUUAGAAAAUGACAAGGGAACUGAUGCAAUUGAAGUGAUCAUGCUACGCUUCCCAAAGAACAAGGAAGUUUGGUGGAAUGGAAGUGAGCUCAAGAAGAUGACAAACCUCAAAAUACUAACUAUUGAAAAUGCUUGCUUUUCUAGAGGCCCUGAACAUCUCCCAAGUAGUUUAAGAGUAUUAAAAUGGUGGGAAUAUCCUUCACCAUCUCUGCCACCUGAAUUUGAUCCAAGGAGACUUGUUACGUUAGACUUAUCAUUCAGUUGCAAAAUAUUGGGACAACAACUCCAACUCAUGAAGUUCAAGUCAUUGACUGAAAUGGUUUUAAGGGGGAGCAAAAUCACACGUGUACCUGAUAUGUCUGGAGCCCAAAAUUUAAGGAAACUGUGUCUUGAUAACUGCAAGAAUUUAGUAGAAGUUGAUGAUUCCAUUGGGUUUCUUGAUAAACUUACAUGGUUCACUGCUAUUGGAUGCACCAAUCUAAAGAUUCUUCCCCACAGCUUCAAGUUAACAUCACUUGAAUAUCUGUCUCUCAGAAAAUGCUCAACUCUCCGCCUUUUGCCAAAAGUAUUAGAAGAAAUGAAACACGUAAAAAAUAUUGAUCUGUGUGGAACUGCUAUAGAAGAAUUGCCAUUUUCGUUUAGGAAUCUCACUGGGCUUAAGUAUUUAGUGCUGGAUAAAUGCAAGAUGCUUAAUCAGAUCCCAAUUACUAUUUUGGUGUUACCAAAACUUGAGAGAUUGACAGCUGUAAAAUGUGGACGCUAUGUAAAUUUGGUCCUUGGUAAAAGUGAAAAACAAAAAGGAUUGGGAUCAUCAGAAUCUUUCAAGGAUAUUACAUUAAACUACCAUGAUUUGACACCUGGCUGCUUCCCCAAUAUAGAAUUCCUAGUCCUAACUGGCACUGCUUUCAAAGUCCUUCCUGAAUACAUCAGUCAAUGUAACUUUCUGAAGAAUCUAGUUUUGGACAAUUGCAAGGAGCUUCAAGAAAUCAGAGGGGUUCCCCCAAAGAUAAAAUAUCUCUCGGCAAUAAACUGUACAUCAUUGACUCAUGAGUCUCGAAGCUUGUUAUUGAAUCAGAGAUUACAUGAGGGUGGGGGAACAGAUUUUUCCCUUCCAGGAAUAAUGAUACCAGAAUGGUUCGACCAUUGUACUAUGGGACCAUCCCUGUCUUUCUGGUUUCGCAACAAAUUUCCAAGGAUAGCCCUAGCUGCUGUUGGAGUUUUGGACAGGCAAGGCAGUUUUCCCAAGUCAGUAUUCCACUUGCUUAUUAAUGGCAUUCAAAACCUGCAUUGCCAUUUUACUGCACAGUCAAAACUAGUCACGUAUCAUAUAUUUUUGUCUGAUGUACUGUUCAAAUCCUACAAUGGUGAAUUAGAAAGUGUAUAUAGGGAUGAUGGGUGGAAUCAUGUUGAGGUUUCAUACGUGGGACCAAGUAUGAGGGCUUUCCCGCCCACCCACAGAGCCAAGAAAGGAAUCAUAAAAUGGAUGGGAAUUCAUGUUUACAAGCAAAAAACAAGCAUGGAGGAUGUCCGGUUCACAAAUCCAAAGUCUCCGAAGAGAUUAUAUGACGAAUUUUCCAAGCUAGAUUUGAACCAAAAUUUUCGACCUUCGCCCAAAAGAAGUCGUGGAUCACAAGGCAUGGAAAUUUGCGAGUCACCACAUAUAGACCACCAUCAAGCUAAUAAUAGUUAUCAGGGUGUAUCAGAAAGACUAUGGUUGGCAAUUUACAGCAUUAUAGCUCCUCUAGAAGUUAAACUCCUAAUGUUCAGCAUUUGCCAAAAUGCCUUGCCAACAUAUGAAUAUCUGUUCAAGAGGAAGCUUGUAGAUAGCCCAGUGUGUCCCAUUUGUGAAACAGAACCUGAAACUCUUGAGCAUGUAUUCCUGUUUUGCCCAUGGACACGACCCCUUUGGUUUGGAAGUGAUUUCCAGUGGUGCAUUGAUGUCAAUUCAGUUCAAAGCUUUCAACUUUGGCUUUACAAGAAACUCGAGGAGAUUAAAAGGGUAUAUCCAGAAAAUGCGAACCAAAUCUCUGGUCUGGUGGUAUAUAUUUGUUGGGCUAUUUGGAAGGGAAGGAAUGAAUUUGUUCUUGAAGGCAAACAUGUCAAUCCUUUGAUUUUAAGGUAGGGUGUCUGUAUAUUUACAAUAAGAAGAGACAUACUAGCAAUAUGUUUAACACAAUUUUUAACCCACAAUGUGAAUGGUUCUCGUUUUUUUCUUUUUAAUUCACUUUUUAAAAAUUAUUUAACUUUUUAAAAG